UGGGGGUCCAGCAAGACUAUGAAUCUCUGUUCCAAAUGCUUUGCUGAUUUUCAAAAGAAACAACCAGACGAUGAUUCCGCUCCAAGUACAAGUAACAGUCAAUCAGAUUUGUUUUCUGAAGAGACCACCAGUGACAACAACAAUACCUCCAUAGCCACGCCAACUCUUAGUCCCAGCCAGCAGCCGCUUCCGACAGAACUGAAUGUAACUUCACCCAGUAAAGAGGAAUGUGGGCCAUGCACAGACACAGCUCAUGUCUCGUUAAUCACACCAACCAAAAGAUCCUGUGGUACAGAUUCACAGUCUGAGAAUGAGGCUUCACCAGUGAAGCGGCCACGACUACUGGAGAGGACUGAACGGGCUGAGGAAGCCAGCCGGUCUAAACAGAAGAGUCGGCGUCGGUGCUUCCAGUGCCAAACCAAACUGGAGCUGGUGCAGCAGGAAUUAGGAUCGUGUCGCUGUGGUUUCGUGUUCUGCAUGCUACACCGCCUCCCGGAGCAGCACGACUGUACAUUCGACCAUAUGGGCCGCGGCCGAGAGGAAGCCAUCAUGAAAAUGGUGAAACUGGACCGGAAAGUGGGGCGCUCCUGCCAGCGCAUCGGGGAGGGGUGCUCCUGAAGGCCGGGCGCGGCCACCACUCGACGCUGUUCUUAGUUCACUAAUGUUAGCCUUAUUUAGGACAAAGUCAGCCAGACACCUUGUACUGGGCACGCGUCAGACUCCAGCCACCCUGGUACUGUAGUUUAGGGGUUGAUGGUGGUUGAAAGUGAUUUCUGGCUGGUUACUAAGGUGCCUGCUAGCCAUUGUAUAAAAUUAAAACAUGAAGAAUA